UAAAAUCGUCACCGAACGAAGUGCUUAUGACUGCUGAAGAUUCAUAUGGAGACAUAUUGGCCGAAAUGACAGAUCAAAAUUUGAGAAAGAAAAACAUUAUAAUAACUGGCAUAGCGGAACCACAAUCCACUGACUUCAGAGAUCGACAGAAAAAAGACAAAGUUGAGGUAAUGAACAUAAUAAAAGUUAUUUCAAAAGAAAGCCCUGAACCCAUCAAAAUCAUAAGGAUCGGGAAAUAUAAACCAAAUCAAAAUCGCCCUAUUAAAGCCUGCUUUGAGUCAGAACAAACACCAAAGAUUAUACUCCGAAAUAGAAGUAAAUUGAAGCAGGACGCAAUAGCAAUAUUUUCGGAUCAAACGCCAUUUCAACAAAUGCGAUUUAAAAAUCUCAGGGACGAACUGAAGCUUCGGACUGCAAACGGAGAAGACAGCCUACGAAUCAAGUAUAUCAAAGGCGUACCUAGAAUUGUCAGUUCUCUCCCAAAAAACGACAUACUAUAAAUAAUCGCUAUAAAAAAGAUAAACCCACUACAUACCAAAUUUUAAACAAUUAUGACGGCUUAAUGACUGAUAAAAAAUCACUAAAAUGUCUGUAUGCGAACGCACGGAGCAUAGUUAAACCUGGAAAGCUCGAUGAGCUACGAUGUAUAGUGGAUUCCGUUAAAACUACACUGCAUCUUAUAAUUUUAUCAGAAACAUGGAUUAAAAGUGAUGAAGAGGCCAAAAGACUCCAUAUACCGGGCUACACUCACUACUAUCACUACAGGAAAAAUACAAUUGGAGGAGGAGUCUCGAUUUUCGCUAUUAACAAAAUGAAACAUAAUUUAAUUGAGGAAUUUUCGCAAGACGAUAACCACUACUUAUGGAUACAUUUGGAAAAGCUAUCCGUGGAUGUUGGUGCUAUAUAUAAACCUGGCCGAACAAACGUCAAAAACUUUCUAGACACCCUCUCGAUACAACUAAAUAGCAAGAAAAGAGCAGUAGUUUUUGGAGACUUUAAUUUUGAUUUAUUGACCCCCGACAACUUAGUAGAAGAUUAUAAGGAUACACUCAAAGAAAACGGUUUCAAGAUUAUCAACAAGAUCAAUAUUGAACAUUGUACUCGUGAAACAACACAAAAGAAAACCUUGCUCGACCAUGUUUCCACUAAUCUCAAGGGUCACCAGUUUCACAUGGCUGUUAUUGAAUCCUCGAUGUCAGACCAUAAACAAAUAUACUUUGAAAUAGAUAAUUAUGAACCGGAACCAAGACUAAAACUUGAAUACGAAGCUGUUGAUUAUAAUAAACUCAAUGAAAUUGCAGGAAUUAAUUACAACGAGAAUACCAACGAUAGCUAUGUACAAUUUGAAAACAAAUUGAUACAAACUAUCCAACAAUGUAAAGUCAAAAAAACUAAAAUACUAAACCCUCCAAAACAGGACUGGGUAAAUAAAAGCAUAAUAAAUAAAAUAAAUCAAAAGAACAUACUUUGGAAACAACAUAAAAGCAACCCAGAAGAUGAAGAUAUUGAAAAAAAGUUCGUAAAAGAAAGAAAAAUAGUUUCAGAGGAAAUACAGACUAUGAAGAGUAAUUACUAUUAUAAAAAGUUCUCUGAAUGUAACAAGAAACCAAAAAAGAUGUGGGACCUAAUAGAUAGCUUAACUAACAAUAAGAUAAGAGAAGUCUCAAUACCAGCCAAACUGAAAAAAGGGGACAAGGAAUUAAAAGAUGGAAAUGAAAUUUGCGAAUACUUUAAUGAUUUCUUCUCGACUUGGAAAUUCCUUUAUGGAACUAAUAAAAGUCUUAAACCAGAAGUGUACGCGAGAUUGGUUUACUCCUUUUGGUCAUGCGGUACUAAUAAUAAGAAAUAUCGGUCGUCAUAGCAUCAUGAUCAUUAUCAACGAAUAGACGCCCACUGUUGGACAUAGAUCUUUUUAUACGGACUUACACACGCCACGGCGUUUGAUGUCGUCAAUCCACCUAGUGGGGGAUCUUCCAACGCUGCGCUUCCCCGGGCGAGGUCGACAUUCUAUCACCUUGGGACCCCAAGUAUAUCGGUAUUUCAAAAUAUGUGCCACGCCCAUUGCCACUUCAGCAGACUU